UGACGGUUGUCAUUAUGAAAUCAAAAUAUACAAUUAUUAUUCAGUAAGAAUUAGUGAAAUUGUAUUUUAAACUCAUUACUUAGAAGUAAGAGUUAACUUUCACCGCUUGGUAUAAUUACAAGUAUUUUUGUUAAUGUUUUGUUAUCUAGUUUAGUGAAAACUUUGGUUUAAAAAUGGAAACAAGUCCUUUAGAUUAUGUAGCACAGGCUUGCAUGGAUUUAACAGAGGCUCUAGAAGCGACAUCGAAUGAAGCUGAAAAGGAUUCAUUAAUAUUAAAUCACAUAAAAAAAGUCUGGGCUGUAGUUCCACCUGUUGAAGACUUUAAAAAAAAUUUGGAAUGGGUUAAUGUUGCGGAGCCAAUUUUCUUGGGACAGCAUUGUCUAGAUAAAGUGGUUGUCUUAGACUUCUGGACAUAUUGUUGCAUUAAUUGUUACCAUGUUUUACCAGAUCUUGCUCAUCUGGAAAAACAAUAUAAAGUUGAAAAUGGUCUUGUGGUUAUUGGUGUGCAUUGUGCAAAGUUUGCAAAUGAAAAAUUAUCAUAUAAUAUACUGUCUGCUGUACAGAGAUAUGAUAUACACCAUCCAGUAGUUAAUGAUUCAGAGAGCUGUAUGUGGGACGCUCUUGGAAUAAGGUGUUGGCCCACUCUUCUGAUUUUAGGGCCAGGUAACAAACCUAUUUUUAUCUUCACUGGCGAAGGUCAUAGAGAUGAACUUGUAUCCUAUGUAGGAGCUACAAUACGUCACUUUGGAAACAGAGUGUCCACAGCACCAUUACCAAUUGCACCAGCCAAACAUUUGAAAGCUAAAGAAAAUAGUAUCCUUUAUUUUCCUAGUAAGUUAGCUCUCAAUCCAUUUUAUCGUGGCCGAGGUGAAGAGCCAUUCCUUGCUAUAUCUGAUACGGGUCACCAUCGUAUUUUGCUGACUGACUGUUCCGGAAUUAUCUUACGAACAAUCGGAGGUUCGGGACCUGGAUUCAAGGAUGACAAGAUAACAGAAGCAAAGUUUAAUUCUCCGCAAGGCCUGUGUUGGUUAUCAAGCUCAGUUCUCCUGGUAUGUGAUACAAACAAUCAUGCCAUUCGUGCAGUGCAUCUUGAUGAAGGUACCGUGGAGGUACUGGCUGGUACUGGGGAACAGGCAGCCACGGGAGAUCAAGGUGGAAAAUGCCUCGGUCUACAAGCGCUAUCUUCCCCCUGGGACAUACUGCUCUACUCGACCCCUGAUAUGGACAUGUCGGUGCGGCCCGCGCCCCCCGCGCCCCCCACGCCUCCAGCUGUCCCCGCGCCCCCCGCCCCGCCCCCGUCCUCCACACCCGCGCCCCUCGCCCCGCCAACGCAGGAAGAUAAGGACCCGGAUAAAGACAAAGUUAAAAAAGACGAAAAGCGACGCGUACUCCUAAUAGCUUGCGCCGGCUCUCACCAGAUUUGGGCGCUUUUCUUGGACAAUACAAUAUGGUGGAAGUACAAAACAUAUACUGAAGGCACGUGCGUGCGCAUCGCGGGUUCGGGCGCAGAAGCCGCGCGCAACAGUGCGUAUCCCAACACCGCCGCGUUCGCGCAACCUUCCGGACUCACACUUAGAACGGGGGCAAGUCCAGAAAUAUUCAUAGCGGAUUCUGAAAGCUCAUCCAUCCGAAGGCUAGCGUUAACAACGGGGCACGUGUCAACUCUGUGUGGAGGAGAUAGGAAUCCUUUGAAUCUAUUCGCAUUCGGAGAUGUAGACGACAUCGGCGUUGAAGCGAAACUGCAGCAUCCUCUAGGCGUUGCAUAUUGCGAGUCAAACAAAACACUGUACAUAGCAGACACGUAUAACCACAAAAUAAAGAAAGUCGACAUUGGACCGCAAAAAGUAUCCACCAUAUAUCCUACCAUGAUAGAAACAACAGAUCCGGCUAUAUUCAGCGAACCAUCCGGCCUAUCCGUUAGUUUGGACGGAAAAUAUCUGUACAUUGCGGAUACAAACAACCAUAGCAUUAAAAUACUCAAUCUAGCGAAAAACGUGUGUCAAGAAUUCAAAGUUCGGCUCCCGGACCCGAAAUUCGUGGAACCAGAAAACUUAAUUCUAUAUAAAAAUGACUUGUUCAUUAAUAGGAAGUGUGGCAAUUUAAUAAUUUAUUUUAAUGUCAGUUUGGAUACUGAAAUAAAAAAUGUAAAAUUCACGGCGGGCGCUCCACAAAAUUGGAAUGUGUGUAUUCGCGAUGAUGAUAAUAAGGACGUUACAUUAGAAGAUUUUGAAUUCGUGGGCUGUACGCAUAAAGGCACAAAAUUACCGGGUCGGGUGGAAAUGAAACUCAAAUCUCGUACAGAUAAGACACAUUAUCGCUUGUAUCUCAGUUUUCAUACAGCCCUGUGCGAAGGAAGCGUUUGUUUCACACAUUCCUUCACGAUUCGAUCCACUAUUCUAGUAAGGGAUUCGGUGAAAUUGGUUGAAUCUUAUAAAAUUACAUGUAAAGUAAAUCCGGUAAACCGACAGGAAUCAAAGUUAGAACAAAAUAAAGCAUAAUUUGCAUGCUUUUUAUAUUAUAAUUUAUUAAAUAAUGUAAAGCUGAAAUGUGUCGAACAUGUAUGUGGUUGUGGGGCAUUUAAAAAGUACACAAUACUUACACGAUUCGUAUGAUAUUAUUUUUAGUAUAACAUUGAUUCAAAAAUUCAUUAAUUCUAUUUUUUAUUACUCAUAGGUACUAACUCUUACGAUAAACUGUAAGCUUUAAAAUGUUAUGAAUUGUUUUUAUUUUUUUAUUCGUUGCUUUGUUUAAGUACACUUUAUUUCUAAGUGACAUACAUUGCGUAUGUGAUUAAUAAAAAAUUAUUGAA